AUGAUAACUAAUUUUAUUAAAAAAAUAGCCUCAACUUGUUCAAAAAAUAAGAAAGGUGAUGAUGAUGAUGAUGAAGAUGAUGAUCAACAAUAUUAAGAAACAAUCAAAAAAAAUAAUCUUAAAAAUCAACAAAAAGAUCCAACAUCAAUAAAGAAUGAUAAUCAUUUAAAUAAUUAACCAAAAAUUUUAUAGUAGCCUUAAUAUUCCAAUGAAAAUAAGUAAUUAUAUAUUUAAUAUAAAGCUAUGAUUAAGAUAAUGAAUAAUAAUAGAAUUAAAACUAUUAUUAAAGAAAAAGUAAUAAUGAAGAAUAAAAAUCAUAGAUGAUAAAAACUGAUCAAACAAUAAGUAUCAAUUUCUUCCAAUAAUCAAAUAUUAGAAGAAAUUUAAAUUAAUAAAACAAUACUGAUUUUCAAAAGUCUAGUAAUUAAUAACAAUCAAAUAUUUAUAUAGAACAUGAUAAUUAAGAAGUCACAAAUUUACAACAAUUUCAAUAAUAUCUUUAAGAAUAAACUUCUAUAAAUCAAUAGACUAGUCUCAAUUAUGAAUAAUUAAAGAGAAAACAAGAAUCAAAUCUAAGGCAAGAUGAUAAUUCAUAAAGUUCAUAUUAAAAUGGAAAAUCAAUUUAAAAAAAUUAAAAUUAUGAUCCUCCCUCUGUUUAAUAUAAUUAAUAGCAAUUUUCUUUUGAUGGGUAGCCAAUGAUAAGAUUUUAAGAUUAAAAUUCUAUUAACAAUAAUUAAAAUAAAAUUAAAAUAUUGAACCAAAUAAACUAACCCUAAUAAGAUAAUUAAAAAUUUAAUUUAUAAUUAUAGCAUGAUUAAAAUUAAUUUUAAGAAUUAGAUUAAUAAAAUGCUUAUCGAAAUCAGAAUUCUUACAAUAUCUAUUAACAUAGUUUAGAAUUUCAGUAACCUUAGAAUUAAUACCAAUAUCAAUAAAAUAAUUAAUUUGCUUUCAAACCAAAUGAAGACAUUCAUUAUAUAGAUUAGGAAUAAUUUACAUAAUCAUCAUUUUAAUAAAAUAAUCAGACUAUAAAUAAUGAUUCUAGAAAAAUUAAAGAAACUAAUCUAUUAAGAAACAGUAUUUAAAGUUUCUAAAGUUUCAAUGAAACAGAUAUAUUUACUAAUUAUGAAAGUUGUAAUGAAUUAAAUAUUUAAUCUAAGACAAAAACUAAAUAGGUUAUAUGUUAAUAUUGUUAAAAAGAGGUCUAAUAAAAAUAUACCUAAUUAUAAUGUUAACAUUUCUAUUGUAAUGAUUGUUUGAAGGAAUUAUUAAAAAAUUAAUCAUAAUAAAAGGAUUGCUUUAAAUAUAAAUGUAUAUGUUCCAUACCAAUAAAUUUAAAACUCUUUUCUUUUUAAAAAGAUAGAGCUGUAGACAUCUUAAAGGAGAAGUUAAUUAUUAAUUAAAUUAAUUAACUUAAAUAGAAUAUUUAGAAAUAAAAAAAAUUGAAAAAGUGUAGAAAUUAACAUUGUUAAUUUUUUGUAAUUAUGAGAGAUGACUUGAAUAAAUAACUUUUUUAUUGUCCAUUAUGCUUAUAGGAACAAAAUGAUGAUUAAUAUCAGAAUUGA